UGCUAAACCAGACGUCAGUCGCUGCAAGUAGUUAGUUGGUCAAAAAUUAUUUUGUUAAAGAUAAAAAAUUGCUUCGAAUAAUCAAUAUUUCUUCAUGCUAUUGCAUUGCACUGGGUGUGAAUAAAGCAUCAAAUAAAUGGCUUUAAUAUAAUUUUAUAAAAAUGGAAAAUACUAAUAACUUAAGUAAAGCAAAUAUACUAAACGAAGGUGAAGAUUGCAAUGGAUUUGAUAACCAUCACAAUGAUGCAACCGAAACCGCUGAAGAAAAUCCAAAAGCUCAGGCUUAUUUAGAUCAUUUAUUAAAUGAUGGUUGCAAAGAGGGUGAUAGCGGUUAUGAAAUGGAGCUGCCCACUUACUACAAUGAUAAAUUAUUUAGACAAGGCCAAAGUUAUUUGUCAAAAUAUCGCUUUGUUGUGCAAAGUGGUAUGUUGGCCGGUUUAGUAGCUGUCUUAGCCAUACCCUCGAUAUUGAAAGUACUGAUUUGUACACGCCAAUCCUCUUCGCCAGCUACAGCAUAUCGACGUUAUGUACGCACUAUAAUGCUUACAACUGCCUGGUAUAAUUACUCACCCACACCGAGAACCUCGAAAUUCUGGAUUAGUUUAGAGGCGGUACGAAAAGCUCAUUCACGUUCUAGUCGAGCCUGUGCUAAAUUGGGUGCUGGUCAAAUAACACAAAAAGAUUUAGCUUUAACACAAUUUGGUUUUAUAGGAUUUCUAACAUUGGGUGCUCAUCGCAUACAAAUGUACGAUGAAGAUUUCCUAGAGUCUACAUCUCAUAUGUGGAGGGUUUUAGGUUAUUUAUUGGGUAUUAAAGAUGAGUACAAUAUUUGCGGUGAGAAUUGGGCUGAGACGAAAUUGAGACUAGACAUUGUUAUGCGUAAGGUAUAUGAACCGGCUUUGGAGAAUACCAGUAAAGAUUUUGAGCAAAUGUGUAAAGCUUUAAUAGAUGGUCUAUGGCCAGUAAGCACCAGUUUAACUGUGGGCUCAUUUCUCUAUAUGACCAAGCGUCUGGCUUAUGUCAAGGGUUAUGAAUACUAUGAUUUUGACUAUCGUCCCGGCACAAAACCCAAUCCAAAUCAAUAUCGUUAUUAUAAGGAUUUAAGUUGGUGGGAUCGUAUAGUUGUAUUUUAUGGCCUUCUAAUGGUGACCUAUUUACAUAAAUAUAGUAUUGUACGUUGGUAUCUAAAUUUCCGUGUAUGGUUUAACGAACAAUUAAUGUAUUAUUUGCCUUAUAUUGCCUUCUUUAAGUAUGGUAUCAAAUGGUCAUAUGUGCGAGUCUUUACCGGCAGUAGAGCACAAUCAUUUGAUUUCCAUUUAAAAGAGGAUUAAUUUAUUUUUUGUAAAAAAAGGGUUUUGAAGCAUAAUCCUUACAAUAUCCUUAUUACCAAGAAAAAUAGUUUUAAGUAUUUUAUAAACUUUUUUUGCGAAAAACAUAGUAUUUUUAGAAAUAUUUAAUAAACAAUUCAAAAAUAUUUGCCUUAUAUUGCCUUCUUUAAAUAUGGAUUAAAUUGAACUCAAUGGCAAUAGAGUUUCAUUCAUUAGAUUUUCAUUUUAUAUGAGAAAUUAUUGAUGUAAUAUUUAUGUAAAUAAUUAAAAAUAUAUGAAUAAUAAAAAAUAAAUAAAUAAUUUUUAAUAUUUUUGAAUUUUAUAAUAAA